CGCCACAAUUUAAAUAUUGAACAAGGCGGCGUGGUGUAAGAAUCUGGCAGGUAGUAACGCUUUGUACUGUUGAAGGCAUAGACUGUUGAGUGGCCCGGUUCAAGGUCCUGUUAGACCCGCUGUCACCAUGUCAAGCACUGAGGAUGGAGCUGUCUCCGUGGAGGAGCAACAGAAUGCAGUGGCUCGAGUGUCCAACAUACCUCUGGUUAGUUCGGCUUGCAGUAUGGUCAGCGCUGUAUACAGCUCCACCAAGGAUAGUCAUCCUUACAUCCGCAGUGUUUGCGAUGUGGCUGAAAAAGGGGCAAAGACUUUAACUGGAGUAGCAGUUAGCGGAGCACAACCCCUGAUGACCAAACUUGAGCCACAGAUUGCAACUGCCAAUGAGCUGAUCUGCAAAGGUCUGGACAAACUGGAGUCCGCUCUCCCCAUUUUACAACAACCAACAGAAAAGGUUAUAUCGGACACUAAAGAUUUGGUGACAGGAGCACAUGGUACAGUGACAAGCGCAAUGACCAAUACUGUCACUGGAGCUCGUGAUACAGUGACUGGAGCAGUGUCUGGUGUAGUAGGUCUGGCAAAGGGUGCUGUCCAGGGCAGUGUCGAUGUGACAAAAGCAGCAGUGUUAUCCGUGAUGGAUACUCGUGUAGGACAGCUGGUGACAAGUGGUGUUGAAACUGUCCUUGGAAAGUCUGAACAGUGGGUGGAUCACUAUCUUCCUAUGACUGAUGAUGAGCUGGCCCAGCUUGCUUCAUCUGUAGAAGGUUUUGAGGUGGCCCCUCUACAGGAACAGAGAUCACAGCAGAAUUACUUUGUUCGUUUGGGGUCACUGUCUUCUCGACUCCGUCACCGUGCAUACCAACACUCCUUAGGGAAGGUGAGGCGUGCCCGAAUCAGCACUCAGGAAGUUCUAGCUGAACUGAACCAAACCAUUGACCUGAUGGAGUCUGCAAGGCUGAGCGUACAGGGUGGACAAGAGAAAUUGCACCAGCUGUGGCUAGACUGGAAACUUAAGCAAUCAGGAGAGGGGUCUGCUAGUGGUGACCAAGAUGUAGAGCCUCUGGAGUCCCGAGCACUCAAAAUGACACGGAGCCUGACCCAGCAGCUUCAGACUACUUGCUUUAGCUUAGCAUCUGGGGCCCAAGGUCUUCCAGCUCAUAUUCAAGAACGCAUGCAGCAACUACGUCAAAAUGUCCAGGACCUUCAUUCAUCUUUUGCUACAGCUGGGUCAUUUGGGGAACUUUCAGCAAGCAUUCUGUCACAGAGCAAGGAACGUGCAGCAAAAGUGUGGGAUCAUGUUGAUGAGCUCUUCACUUAUGUGGCUGCCAACACUCCUCUGACAUGGUUGGUGGGACCUUUUGCCCCUCAGCUUGUGGAGCGCCCAGAAACACCUGAACUAGAGAACAAAGAGUAAAAGUAAAAAGUAUAACGGUUUAACUGACAUUUUUCAUUGAAUGAGUGUAUAAAAGGGUGUAUUAAUUUACAUGAAAAUAAACUAAUACCCUGCAUUUAA